AUGCUGACGGACGGUGUCAUCGGGGAACUUGGUUCGGAUGUUGCCCAUCUCCCACGUGCAGCAUCCAAUGCUUCAGGGAAGAAGGCAGGAAUGCCUGAGGAUCCCUUUGAAGCUGCUCAAUGGCUGUUGUCCCGUCUUCUUCAAGAUGUGUCAAAUGCUAAGACAUAUCCCUUGAAGCUGAACCAUUUGAAGCACCAGGGAGCUUUGUGCACUUCCUUUGAAAACCACGCCGUCGAAUUGGAGCAGAGCUUCAUGCAGCUGAAGGGUAUGAUUCGCCAGGGACAAGAUGCGGUGUUUCCGGACCAGAUGAGCGCUGCUGUUCGCUUGGCAUUGGACCGCCAGUCCAUGUUCUACGAGGACAAGGACGCAGCCGAUGGGCUGUGCCGCCCAAAGAAGGAGAAAAAAAACAAGAAGGAUGACGAUGAGGAGGACGCUUGA